AUGCAACAUCAGCUUAAUAGUUGUUUUAUGCCUAAAAAUAGAAUCAUGAAAUAUAUAUAUUCGUUAUUUGUACUUAUUAUCUCAUUGACAUCGAUAGAAUCUAUCAAAACUGAUGAAAAUGAUGACAUCAAUGAUAACAAAUACAAUCAUAGUGAACGUUUACACCAUUAUCCUUCGAAGAAUAGCAGAACUUAUCAAUCUAAGAAUUUCAAUUAUGUUUCAAUACAACGCACAAAUACUAAACGAAAAGAAAAUAAUCCUAAUGGGAAUUAUGAACAAAAUAGAAAAUCUAUUCGAUCUAGACAUGAUGGUUAUGCACGUAGAAAUGAAUCUAUCAAAACGGAUGAAAAUGAUGACAUCAAUGAUAACAAAUACAAUCAUAGUGAACGUUUACACCAUUAUCCUUCGAAGAAUAGCAGAACUUAUCAAUCUAAGAAUUUCAAUUAUGUUUCAAUACAACGCACAAAUACUAAACGAAAAGAAAAUAAUCCUAAUGGGAAUUAUGAACAAAAUAGAAAAUCUAUUCGAUCUAGACAUGAUGGUUAUGCACGUAGAAAUGCUAACGUAACGGAAGAUGUAUUCAGAAGAACAGAAAAGAGUAAAAAUUCUAACAGUACAAUGCUUAUAACAAAAAAAACUAAGACAACGAAGAAUUCGUCAGAAGACACAAUCCACAAUCAUUCAAAUGAUAACGGGGAUUUCGGACUUCUCGACCUAUCUUUCCUCUUCCGAAAAAAAUACUCACAUGCAAGAAAACGUAAUAUCAAUACAAGAGGUUAUCAAACAUUUUACGGAAAACGUAGACGAGGCAGCAAAUCUCAUGUGCGGACAACAUUUAGAAAGCGUUCUAGAUAUGACUACAAUGGUCGAAAGAAUAGGAGUUCCACGUUCGAAAGUUAUGGUGAGGCAGACAGUUUCGACAGGAAGAAAAUACGUGAUGUAUAUGACGUGAUUGGUCAAGCUAAUGAGAAGCGUGAGCGUACUAAACUCGGUGGAUACAUCGAGAACCAGCGUCAUGUUGUUGUGUCUGGCAGUAAGAAAGACAACCGAUGGAAGAAAGAUAGUGAUUCUUCUGAAAAAAGUCAAAGUUCUGAGAAGAACACUGGUAAUCAAGAAUCUAAUCAUCAGGAAAACAAUAGAACUAUAAUCACACGUAUGACUAGACAAUGA